AUGGCGGCUUCAUGGCAACAGUUGGCAACGUCAUAUGGCCAGAAGACCUCUGUAGACUUAGCUCGCCAGCAGACAUUCAAUACGACGACGGCCGCUGGCGUGAAGCGAACCAUCGACGAAGUCCAGAGCGCCCAAGAUGACCAGCUAGGUUUGCCAAUCCACCACCGCACUGCACCACACAGCGCACAGGCGCCCAUCCAUCUCGAACUCCAUGAGCACCGUCCUCCCCGUCUCCAGGCAAGCCGAAUUGUCUCGGCCGUGGGAAAUGGCACUCAGGCUGCCGUCCGAUCGACUGCAGCGCCUCUGGCUGGUACAGGAUCAACGCCAGGUCCGUCGCAAAAUCCGAUUCUGAGCCUCCGCCAUCCCCGGUACGGUUUGCCUGACAAAUUGGUGGAGAACUUCGAGGCCCUGGGUGUGCGUGCCAUCUAUCCUUGGCAGUCGUCCUGUCUGCUUGGCAAAGGACUCCUGACUGGAGAGCAAAAUUUGGUGUACACUGCUCCGACAGGCGGCGGCAAGUCCCUCGUGGCGGAUGUGCUUCUCCUCAAACGAGUUAUCGAGAAUCCGACGAAGAGAGCGAUCCUGGUACUCCCUUACGUUGCACUCGUGCAAGAGAAGCUCAGAUGGUUGCGCUCGCUGGUUGACGGUGUCUUCAAGGUCAGUGACGAUAUGACCGACGGUUCUCCACCGCCAACCUGGCGGCGGCCAAGCACAACUGUUCGAGUCAGCGGAUUCUUUGGUGGAAGCAGGUCCAAUGUUAACUGGUCAGACUGCGAUGUAGCCGUCUGUACCAUUGAGAAGGCCAACUCGCUUGUGAACACGGCUAUCGAAGAAGGCAAGCAUGAUGACAUCUGUGUUGUGGUGCUGGACGAACUACACAUGAUCAAUGACGAACACCGGGGAUACCUGAUGGAGAUUCUGGCAACGAAGCUGAUGGCCUUGGAGACGCCGGAAAGCAAAGUCCAAAUGGUCGGCAUGAGUGCUACCCUACCGAACCCGCAGUUGUUAGCACAAUGGCUCAAAGCAAAGUUCUAUGUCGCAAAGUACCGUCCCAUACCAGUCGAAGAACAUCUCGUGUACGAAAAUGCCAUCUAUCCUACAGCGAAUGCAAAAGAAUUCUUCCGCACUGCGAAUCGAUUGACCACUAAGGACGCGAUGUCGACACCACGACCGCAACCCGCGAGAACAAUCCAGAGAUCAACCCACCACGAAUUAGAGAACCCUUUGACCAAUGCUGUCGUGGCACUAGCGGCCGACACUGCCCUUGCCGGUCACGGCGCUCUGGUAUUUUGCAGCAGCCGCAUGGGCUCCGAGAAAACUGCUCUGUUGAUCAGCGACGCAUUGCCUACUGAUCACGUCGACCAAGAUACCCUCGACAAACGACAAGAUCUCCUCGCGUCACUGCGGGCUCUUCCAGGCGGUUUCGAACCUUCUUUUUCCAAGACAGUAUCCUGCGGCGUGGCCUUCCAUCAUGCAGGUCUCACCACAGAAGAGCGAGAGUUAGUGGCCGAGGCAUAUGACAAAGGCGUCCUCAAGGUGAUGGUGGCGACAUGUAGUCUCGCAGCUGGCAUCAACCUGCCUGCAAGGAGGGUGAUACUCAACGGAGCUCGGAUGGGCAGAGACUUGGUUGGUCCUGCGAUGCUUCGACAGAUGCGAGGGCGAGCUGGUCGCAAAGGGAAAGAUGAAGUCGGGGAGACCUACCUUUGCUGUCACAAGAACGACUUGGAGGCUGUCGCUGCGGUGCUUGAGGCGGAGCUGCCUCCGGUAGAAAGCUGCUUGACUCCCGAGAAGCAGGGAAUCACCAGAGCCCUACUCGAAAUCAUUGGCACUCGAAUGGCUUCCAGCAAAAGCUCAGUGGAUGACUAUGUUCGAUCUUCAUUGCUUUGGCGCACGAUGGACCAUGCCCAGGUGCUGGAUAUGGUUGAGAAAGCGAUCGGCGACCUCAGAGCAAAGCACUUGAUUCAGAGCGGUCAAUAUGACGAUUGCUUCGAACCAACGAAAGUGGGCAUGGCCGUUGUUGCAUCCGGACUCGGUCCCGAAGAUGGGGUGUUUGUCCAUUCUGAGCUGCGCCGCGCCCUCGAAUCGUUUGUAAUGGACGGCGAAAUGCACAUAUUCUACCUCUUCACACCGGUGCAGACGGCUGGACUCGCUGAGAUUUCUUGGUUGACUUUUCGCAAUCAACUGGAAGGUCUGGAUGAUAGCGGCAUGAGAGCGAUGCGACUUGUGGGUGUCAAUCCUGCGUUCGUCAAUAGACUGGUGAAUAGUGGUGGAGAGCUCAAGGAGAACACGGCGGAUGAGAUCCGCCUGGCGAGGGUGUACCGGAGGACCUACUCGGCUUUUCAGCUCCGCGAUCUCUGCAAUGAGAUGCCCGUGCAUGAAGUCAGUCUCAAGUAUUCUGUACCUCGAGGACAAGUCCAGACUCUGUCUCAAACUUGCCACGGCUUCGCGGCCGGCAUGAUCAAAUUCUGCGAACGAAUGGGUUGGGGGAUGCUUCGAGCUGUCCAGGAACAUAUGCUUGACCGACUUCAUGCAGGAGCCCGAGAAGAUCUGCUGGAGAUGGCGCAAGUCGCGUUUGUCAAGAGUCGCAUGGCUCGCAUCUUUUGGGAGAAUGGAUUCAAGAGUAUUCGCGCUCUCGGCGAGGCGGACCCGCAAGCUUUGGUGCCCGUCAUGGCGCAGGCUCAGGCGAGGAAGAUGAAGCUGCAAGGUGCGGCUGCCACUAAAUUCUCUGCGACGCUGCUCUCGAAAGCCGAGAUUAUCGUCAGCAGUGCGAACAGGUUAUGGGUGAAGCAGCAGAUGGCACAGUGGGAGGAGGAGUAA